AGUCAGACUAUCAUUUUUUAAAAUAUACAGAAAUAAAUUAUAGAUUCUAUAUCUGAAUUUAUAAACAGUAAAUAACAUAUAUAAAAUAGUGUAAAACUAAAAAUUUGUAGUUUGCAAUAAUUUACACUUCUUUUUUAUAGUGCCAUAUAAUUAAGAAUACAAAACCUAUGAUUGAUUGUUUUAUUAAGAUGUUAAUUCAAAAUAAUAAUUUAAGGAGUAUUAAAAAAGUAGCUGUGGUGUUUCUUUUAUUACAAGUGAACCGUAGUAAUACACUUGACACUGGAUAUAAGGAUAAUCAAGUAAAGUCAAUAAAAAAUGUUCAGCUUUUAAAAUGUUCAUAUUUAUAUCAUGCUUCAAAUUACAUGAAAAUAGCUAGAUUAGGAAUAUAUCAUCCGGAUUUAGAAUUAAAAGAUGUAUUUCACUCAAACUCGAGAUAUCUUGGAGUUUUGAAAAAAAUGAUGAGUACAUUAUAUGGAUUCAAAGGUGUUGAAAUAGGUUCUUUGUGGUUAUUAAACAUUUAUUUAGGUAUGGUUUGCUGUCAUGUUCAUAAAUUAUUACAAUCAAAUUCAAUGAGAUGCUCAGUUGAAUAUCUUAAAGAUACUCAUGAUUAUGUUAUAGAUGAAUUAAAAUCUGAAGCAUCAGCUAUGAAAUGCAAUGAAGAAAAAAAUCAAUUUUAUGUACACGAAAAUGAAUUAAAACAAUUAGAAAAUCAACCAUUAAAAGAUAUAAUUAAUUGCAUGAAAAAAGAAAUCAGAAUCAUGAACAAAUUUAUUUUUAAAAAUAUUGAUUUAUCUAUAACAGACUACGAAAAGUUUACUGUAAAUAAUAUUCUAAUUCAUAAUAUCGGAGAUAACGCUUUUAAAACAAAUAUCCUAAUGACCUCGUUCAAUGUACAAGUUAAUUGGGAUGUAACUAAUGACAGUUUUAUACAGAAAUUGCAGGAAAAAUACGAAAAUGCACAUAAUAUCGAUUGGAAGAAUAACCAAUUGAGAAAUAUUAAAAUUUACUACGAUUCAGUUUUUAGCUUUUUUAAAGUCAUAAUGUUAAGGUUAACAUGGAAACAUUUCUUAUACGUAAAAAAACAAGAAAAUGAAUCUACAAAGAAAGAUUUAAUUGAUUGUUGGUUAGUAAUAAUUAGUGACUUUGUGACAUUCUUUGAUUUAAAAGACCAUGAUUAUGUUAAUAAGGGUGCAAUGCGUUAGAAGAAAUGGAAUUAAACGGCAAAGAAAUUCCUUCUAAAAAAGUAGAAAAAUAUAGACCAGUUCACAACGAAACAGAGCUAGAAACUGUUAAGUUUUAUAGUUUGGAUAUUACUAGAUUAUUUAUUCGUACUGUAAAAAAGUUAUUUUCAUAUUCAGAUUUUAAUGUUGUUAAGUCAUUUAUCGAUUUUGCGGAAAAUAAUCAAUUGUUUUUACAAAUUGAAAAUAUAGUAGAAUAUUUAUUUUCUUAAUGAGAUAUUUAUUAAUUUAAUUGUCAUUGAAUUUAUAACAAAAUUUAUUUAUCUAGCGUUGUAUCAAAUAUCCUGCUAAUUGUGAAUAAAUAUUUUUAUUUUACAGACUUAUUUAAA